AUGUUUUCCCCCAACAAAUAGAAGGCGUCAAACUGAUAAUUAAUAAAUCUCUCAGUAGCCAUUUCCAGGUAGCCCACACCAUUCACAUGAGCACCAUUGGCCACUCAGGUUACCAUCUGAACACGACGUAUGUUGGAGACCAGCAGCUCAGUCCUACAGAGACUUUUCCCACCCUUAUUGGCGAUAUCAGCAACGUCGGGAGCCUCAGCGCCCAAGUCCUCCAUCUUCUAGCGGAGCGGAUACGAACCAAAGCGGUUUUCCAGACUCAACAGGCCAAAUUCACCACUUGGCAGUUUGAUACGGAAUAUCGGGGGGAUGAUUAUACUGCCACUCUGACGCUGGGGAACCCCGAUCUGAUCAACGAAUCCG